GGGGAGGGAGUGUAAAUAGAGCGAAGGCGGCGCCGCAUCGGCUCAGCCACCUCCUGGCGACUGGCUAAGGGCGCCAGAGGAAGAUGGAAGAUGAUGAGCAAGAGCAGCGGCGCAGAAAAGUGGAAGCUGGGAGAGCGAAGCUUGCUCACUUCAGACAGAGAAAAACAAAAGGUGACUGUACGCAUUCGAAGAAAACGACGGCGAAGAGGAAGGGCACGACUGUCAAUGCGCCUGUCGCGGAGGAGAGUCCGGUAGCUGCGCCCGGAGACGGUGGGCCCGUGGGCGGCCUGGACAUUGGCAAGAACCCGACCUGCAGUGACACCCCUGAUGGCACUGAAGCCGCUCAGCUGCAGGAGCCCAGCAGAGAGAGGACGCCGCCGAAGCUGGAUGGCCACUGUGCAGAGCAGCCCGGGGUCAUGACGAAGGAGCUGGAGCUGGAGGUGCUGCGCCUGAGCCUGAGUGACAUGCACGCAGCACGGCUGGAGCGGACGCAGGCACACCUGCAGCGCGAGAAGGAGGCGGCACUGGCCGAGCUGCACGCUGAGCUCACCGGGCGGCACGCACAGGAGCGGGCCCUGCUGCAGAGCCGUGCACGCCGGGAGCUGGAGCUGGUCCGCGAGGAGGCAGCUGAGCUGAAGGAGAAGCUACAAUCAGAAAUGGAAAAAAAUGCCCAGAUGAUAGAGAUUCUGAAGCAAGACUGGGAAUCUGAGAGAGACUCAUGUUUAGAAAACCUACGCCAAGAAUUAUUGGAAAAGCAUCGGUCAGAACUGGAGAAUUUACAAAACCAGUUUAAGAAAGAAUUGGCACAACAAAAAGCUGAGUUGGAGAAGGUUUUUCAAGCCAAAAAUCAAGCUGAAUGUUCCCUUCAGACGCAGGAGGUGCAGCACGAGGCCUCCCUGAGCAAGCUCCGUGCAGACCUGCAGUUGGAGCACUGCCAGUACUUGGAGGAGCUGGAGCGGAAGUUCCAAAAGAAGGAGAAGGAGAACCAGCUGGAGCUGGAGAGGCUGCGUGCAUCCUAUGAGGAGCUACAGGCUCGGUCCCGGGAGGAGAUCCAGUGCCUGGGGGCCCAGCUUGAGUCCGCGAGGUCCAGCAGGCAGGAGCUGAGUGAGUUGCGUGAGCAGCUCCUGGCCCGGGCGUCUCAUGUGGAGGAGCUGGAGCUCCUGAAGAGAGACUUGGAGCAGCAGCAGCAGCAGGAGAGGAGCCGGCAUGAGUCUGAACUGGAGCAGCUGAGGCUCUAUUUCGAAGAGAAGCUGAGGGAGGCCGAGCGGAGCUACCAGGAGGACCUGACCCUGUUGCAGCGGCGGCUGCAGGAGGGGAGGGAUGACGCCCUGCUGGAGGCCAUGGGGACCAGUGCCUGUUUGGAAGAGACACCAGAAGAAAGAGACCAUCCUGACGGACUCGGCCUUCAGCGGGAGCAGCUUGAGGAGAGCCUGGGUUUGCGCACAUGGUUAGAAGAAAAUCACCAGUGCCAAUUAGCAGCGGGGACGUCCUCCCAGGAUGCCCAGCAGGAAGUGUUGGAAGGAGAGCUGCCUGCAGGGGGUUCGGAGGAGCCCGGCCAAGAGCUUGCCCGGGAGCCUCUCCUGUGUGCACAGAGCACGGCCUUGGAGUUGGAGACAGAGGUGCCGGCUGGAGACUUGGGUUUGGAAACCGCACACAGGGCUCAGCUUGUGCUUCUUCCAGUGGAGCUCAAAGAAGAAAUCGAUCUCUUAAAAGUAGAAAAUAGAAAUUUGCAGGAGAAGUUGCAGCAUGAAAUCUGCCUGAAAGAGGACUUGGAGAAAGUGAAACAGAAUUUAGUUGAAGCUCACCAGGAAGAACUGAAGAGUGCUGAGGAGAGGAUUGAGCAAAUGAAACAGGAACUCAGGGAGAGAGAGGCUGAGUGGAAAGUUACAAGUGAGGACCUGCAGAGAGGGGCUGAAGAGAGGCUGACGAAGAUGCUCCUUGACCUGCGAGAACAGGUGGAGUCUGAGAAGCGGUCCAUGAUGAACAGGUUUGAGCUUCGAGAAUCCAAAAUGAGGCAACUUCAAGACCAGCAGGCAGCUCAGAUCCUGGACCUGGAGGGGUCACUGGUGGAACAGCAGGGCCGCCUUCGGCAGCUGGAGCUUGGACUCCCCGGAGAUGAGUCUCUGCGGUGCAGCCAGUGUGGCCGGGAGCUGGGCUGCGGCCCGGCCCCAGGGGCCCAGGACCAGGAGCUCGCCAUGCUCCACCUAAAGGAGGACUGCGCCCUCCAGCUGAAGGUGGCCCAGAGCAGGUUUUUGGAAGAACGUAGAGCAAUCACAGAGAAACUGGCCGCAGAGCAAGAUGCCUUCCUGCGGGAGGCCCAGAAGCAGCAUGCGCACGAGCUGCGGCUCCUCCAGGAGGGGCACCAGCGGCAUAUCCUGUCCCUGACCGCUGAGCUGGAGACCAGGCGCCAGGCCGAGGUGGAUGCGCUGAGGUCUUCGUUCGAGCGUGAGCGGUGGGCCCUGGCAGAGGCACGUGAGGCUGAGUCGCAGGUGAAACACGCUGCUGAAGUCAGUGUGUUGGAGGCCAGACACGCGUCACACCUGGAUGCUCUGCGCUUGCAGUACCUGUCUGAGCUGCAGGCUGUGCAGGGCAGGCACCGGCAGGCCCUGGAGCUGCUGCGGCUGGACCUGGAGGAGCGGCUGCAGAAGGAGGAUGUGGCUCACCACGGGGUCUUGACCCAGGUGCUGGAGCUGCUGGAGCUGCGAUGUGCCAAAGAGCCUCAGUCCGCAGAGGACAGCCUGAGAGGGGACGGGAGCGUGGAGCCCCCAGAGGGCGUGAAAACCCUCUGGCUGCACGGGGCUCGCAAGCAGGAACCCGAGGCCCAGUGCUCAGCUCCCCAGGCGGGGCGGGAGGAGGAGCUGGAGCUGCUGGAGUGUAAGCCAGAAGCCUCCCUGGAGCAGCAGGUCACACCGUUACAGGGUGAAUUUGGAAGUGAAAGAAAAGCUGCUUUGCAUGAAAAAGAGGAGAUACCUAAACUUGAACAUGAGAAGGCACAUUCUCUUUGUGAAAAAGAGAAAGAAUCUUUGUCUCUGCAGCUACAGGAGAAGAAUAAUCAAAUUCUGCAGCUGAAAGACCAGAUUUUAUCCUUAAAUCGAGAGAUAGAGGAGCGCCAUUCCGAACUGGAGAAACUUCAGCAGAGGCGGGAACGGGAGAACCAGGAGGGCACCGCUCUCAUAGCGAUGCUCAAGUCCGACGUCGACCUGUCCCACGGCGAGAGGAGAGCUCUCCAGGAUACCCUGAGGCGGCUGCUGGGUCUGUUUGGGGAAACGCUUCAGACUGCCAUUGCCUUGAAAAGCCGCAUUGGCGAGCGCGUGGGGCUUUGCCUGGAGGACAGGAGCCCGCCCACCACACAGCCGGGGAGCCAGAGCCCCCCCACAGCCCCUGCACUGGAUGACGUGUGGGCAGGGCUCGAUGUGGCCUCCCUGGAGCCAGACGGCACGGUGGCGGAGUGUGCAGAGACAUCGUCGGUAGCUGAGAUCAGCAGUCACGUGUGUGAGAGCUUCUUCCUGAGCCCAGAGCGCACGCUGGACUGUGAGCAGCCUGUCAGGAGGGUCUUCCAGAGCCUGGGCCUGGCGGUGGAUGGCCUCCUGGAGAUGGUCCUGGACUCGGCCAAGCAGCUGGAGGAAGCACGUCAGAUCCAUUCUCGUUUUGAGAAGGAAUUCAGCUGUAAGAACGAGGAGACGGCACAGGUGGUGAGGAAGCACCAGGAGCUGCUGGAGCAGCUGGAGGCAGAGAGCAAGGCCAAGGCCCAGCUGGUGUUGGAGCUGCACAAGGCAGAGGGCAUCAUCGAGGGCUUCAAGGAGGAGAAAGCCGGCCUGCAGGAGGCGCUGGGCCAGAAGGAGGCGAGCGAGCGGGACCUGGUAGGCGAGCUGGAGGGCCUGAGGCAGCAGCUGCAGCGGGCGGCGCGGCGACAGGCAGAGCUGCGGGAGGAAAAUGCUGAGCUGUGCAGCCGGACGGAGGCCCUGGCUGUGGACGCCCGAGAGAGGGAGGCUGGCAUUCCUGUUUCUGUAGCACAUGAGGAUUCAGCUCUGCGGAGGGAAGUGGAGUCGCUCACCCAGGAGCAGUCAGAGGCCAGGAGGCAGGCGGAUAAGGACCGUGCGGCCCUGCUCUCUCAGAUGCGGCUUCUGGAGGCCGAGCUAGAGGAGCAGCUGUCUCAUCAGCAGGCGUGUGCCCAGCAGGCUGAGGAGCUCGCUGCCCUGAGGCAGCAGAUUGACUCCCUGGACCAGCACCUGCGCCGCCAGCGCCAGUUCAUGGACGAGCAGGCAGUGGAGCGGGAGCGGGAGCGGGAGGACUUCCAGCAGGAGAUCCAGAGGCUGGAGGAGCAGCUCCGCCAGGCGGCCCGGCCGCGGUCCCCGGGCCUCCGUGACAGCCACCGGGCACAGCUGGAUAAGGAGGUUGAAUUGUUAGAAGAAAAAUUGAGAGAAAAAUCAGAUGGACUUAAUGAAUUGAUUCUAAAGAAAGAAUUGGUAGACAGACAAGUACUAAUCCAGGGAGAGGAGAUCAGGCGUCUGGAGGAGACGAAUGCGAGCACCACGAGAAAGCUGCUGCAGCUCCAAGAAGAGCUGGAGACACAGCGGAGAGCCGUGCAGGCCCUGCAGCAGGACAAAGAGGCAUUACAGGAGCAGCAGAUGAGUAACCUGCUUCAGAUGUCCGCGCUGCAGUCCAGACUGGAUGAGGGCAAGUGCCCGGUGCCUCCCGAGGGCGGUCGUCACGACCGCGCCGAAGCCCAGCUGGAGGCGGUGCAGGGGGCUCUCAGGCAACGCGAGGCUGAGGUUUUGGACUUAAAAGACCAAUUAGAAAAUCUUAAAGAUGACUUAGUAAAUAAAAAUGAAGAAAUACUGCAUCUGAACUGGAAAUUAGGCCUGCAGGACAACAGCACCGCUGCCAGCAUCAAAGAGCUUCAGGAGGAGAACGCCCGUCUGAAAACAUUUCUGCAAAAUAAAGAAAGCGAGAUAAUGCAUGUGCGUGAGUCGGCGGAAGCGCAGUUGGCCAGGACAGGAAGUGGUGCUCUCAGUGAGGUUGUGUGUAGUAGAAGUUCUGAAGUUGAAGAGCUGAAAUCCAUUAUUGAGACUCUGCGUGAGAACCAAGCGCGGCUGCAGAAGGAUAAUGCUGAGGAGAUUGAGCAGCUCCAUGAGGUCAUCGAGAAGCUGCAGAGGGAGCUCCCACUCGGGGGGCCUGAGGCUCCCAAGGCUGGGGAAGGCGGGGCCAUGAGCCUGCAGAGUGAGCUGCUGGGCCUCCCAGCCGAGGGAGCCGAGGCCCCCGCAGUGUUGGCGGGUGAGCUGCAUGCUGCCCUGGAGGCCAAGGAGGCCCUGAGCCAGCGGCUGGCCGAGCAGGAGCGCCAGCACAGCCAGGCCCUCGAGGCCCUCCAGCAGCGCCUGCAGGCCGCGGAGGAGGCGGCCACAAGGCAGUUGGCCGAGCUGGGGCCUGAGGGCCUAGCCUCCCAGAUCCUCGAGUUUGAAGCUGCUCUGCGUGCCAGGGAAGCAAAGAUCGCAGAGAGAGAUUUAGAAAUUGAAGCUCUGCGCCGGGAGAAGUCCACCCACUCCGCUGAGCUGGAGGCCAUCCUGGCAGCCGUGGCCCGCUUUCGCCAUGCCCUGGAGCAGCAGCUCCUGGCGGCCACUGGGGAGCCCCCUGAGCUACAGCGACUCCGAAAGCAGUGUGUCUGCCUCAGCCGCCAGCUGCAGGCACUCAACCAGCGGUUCCUGAAGUGCCAGAAGGAGCUGGAUGAGCGGCAGGCGUAUGGGGAGGGUGGCUCCCAGGGCUGGGUGCCUAGGGGUGAAGAGACCUCCUGCAGUGAGGAAUUGCAACAGGCUGUGGAUGGCAGGCAGCUGGCCCAGGCCCUUGACGGCCGUGGCAGUGACCCACAGAGCCUAGUUAAGGAUGACCUGCAGCCGGCCAAAGCCCUGACUACACUGACCUGCACCCGCCCCAGCCAGCAGGACAGCGUGAUAUCAGUACUCACAGUCUGCCAGCAGCAGCUGGAGUCUGAGCUGCUCUUAGUGAAAAAGGAGAUGUGCCUGCAUGCAGAGGAUGGCGGCAGAGAGUCAGGAGCAGUGAAGGAUAAGGGAAAACUACUGGAAGAUUGUCGGCUACAGAAAGUUGAUCUCAUAGCUCAGGUGAAACAACUUCAAGAAAAACUGAACCAUCUGGUGUGUUCCAUGAGCUUCCAAAACAUCGAGAUGGAGGACUUUAAAUAUCAGCAGGCAUUGGAAUCUCCAUGUGCUUUAGAAGAUGGUUUGAGUGAUGGUUCUUAUAACAGUGAAGAAACUGACAAAUCACCUCCUAUUGAUACAUUUAACAUCUUAUGGGAUCUAGCUGAGGUCACUGGAAAUUCAGAUUCAUUGAUAAGAAAUGAGCCAGAUGCUCCCGCGGAAGAGCCAGUCACUUUGCGGGACAGGUCACUCUGCUUGCAGGGCCACCUGCGUGGGCGCUCCCGGGGCCUCACCCACUCCCAGGGGUCCAAGCCCUUGAAGAAUGUGCUCAGGACGAUGGAACUGUCCCCCUGGAGCUCCCCUGAGGUUGUCAGGGAGGACUCAGCCCUUGAGCCCCCGCCCAGCCUGCCCCUAACACCCUGCUCAGAUGCCCUGAGCCUGCACAGCCUAGACACCUCGCUUUGGGAUGGGACAAGCACCCACCUGCUCCAGGCUGCCCAGUCGGGGCAGCUUUGUUACCCGGGCGAGUCAGCUGCAGGAACAGCCCCGAAGUGGGUGGGGUCUCCAUUGGCUGCAGACAGCGCUCCCUCCGUGGACCACCAUGCUCAGCAGGUGCCUGUGGAGAAAGAUGUUGAAGAUUUUAUCAUAACAUCUCUUGAUUCUCAAGAAAAGUCAAGAUCACCUCCUCUCGGGUUAGAAGGAAAAAGCGAUGGAAAAAGUGGCGGUGUGGAGUUUGCAGAACCACUGAGCCAAGAUUCGGGAAGACUGGGAGCUCCCGCUGCCAGCCCUGCAGCGCCCCUCAUCACCCCCAGGGACUGCCGACGGCCUCUGGACGCCAUGAAGGAGAAGGAAGUCCAUCCGAAGCAAGUGAAGGCUUUGCUGCAGAUGGUGUGUGAUGAGAGCCACCACAUCCUGGCCCUGUCCGAAUACCGAGGACCCCCCCACAUCCUGAGCAGGAGUGAGCCCAGUGCCCCCCUCGAGUGCCUUCCAAUGGGGGGCCAGGACCUGCUGGAGGCAGUGCCUGCUCCCAGGGAGCAUCCCACCCCAGGAUCCCAGAAGGGAGAGAAGGCAUCUUCCAACGUGGGCCUGGACUGGAGCGGAGACUUCCUGCAGGCUGUACAGGGGGCCUUUGAGAAGGAGCGGGAGAUGCUGAGAGUGGAGCUGUGGCCCCAGCUCUGUGGCUUGGGCCCUGGGGGCUGCGGCUCCCUGCUCGAGAGGCUGGAGAAGGUGGUUCAUGAGCAGGGGGACCAGCAGGAGAGGUCGUUGGAGCGCCUCUGCCUGUCAGACAGGAGCAGCCUGCUGUCGGAGAUCCAGGCUCUGCGGGCCCAGCUGCGGAUGACGCACCUGCAAAACCAGGAGAAGCUACAGCAGCUGUGCACGGCACUGACCAGCGCGGAGGCCCGAGGGAGCCGCCAGGAGCACCGGCUGCGCAGGCAGGUUGAAUUAUUGGCGUAUAAGGUCGAGCAGGAAAAAUGUAUAGCAAGCGACCUGCAGAAAACCCUGAACGAAGAGCAAGAGAAAGCAAAUAAUGUCCGAAAGCUGCUGGUGGCAGAGCAGAACGCUGUCAGAGACCUGAAAUCCGAGCUCUGCGAGUGUCGACAGGACAAUGAGCGGCUGCUUAAGUCCCUCAAUGACGUGCAGAAGGAGGUCCUCCAGAUGAGGUCAAUGCUGGAUAGUAAGGAGAGUGACCUGCAGGCAGCACUGCAGCAGCUGGAGGGUGAGCGCAUGAAGGAGCAGGCCCUGCAGAGCCAGCUAGAGGAGGAGCGGCUGCAGCACAUGCAGAGAGAGGGCCAGAGCGCCAAGACCCUGGAGGAGUUAAGGGCAUCUUUGGAGCAGCAGUGCGCCCAGAGCAACCAGCUGUGUGUGGUGCUGAAACAUGAGCAGACAGCGAAGGACAACCUGCGGCAGGAGCUGCAGAUUGAGGCAUCACGCUGUGAGGCGCUGCUGGCGCAGGAACGCGGCCACAUGUCUGAGCUGCAGCGGAGUCUGGAGGCCGAGCGGGACCGCGCACGCGAGCUGUCAGAGGCCCUGCAGCACGAGCGCGUCCUGACGGAGCGGCUGAGCCGGCGGCCUCAGGAGAGGCCUCCGCAUCAGGUGCUGCUGCAGAAGCUGCGGGCCCAGGAGGAGCAUGUGCGCGAGCUGGAGGUGGCUCUGGAGGCUGCGCAGCGGCGCGCCCUGGAGGCUGAGGCGCGCGUGCACCGCGAGGAGGUGGAGCGGGAGCAGGAGGUAAGUGUGGCGCCGAAGAAGCCGCCGGAGACCCUGCCUGGAACACGGGAGAGGCCGGCGUGGGGCCAGGGACAGGUAGAGCAGGAUGCAUGCAAGGACGCGAGGACGGGAGCGGAGCUGAGGCCCAGCCGAGCGGACACGCAGCCGUGGAGCAGGUGGCAGAGAGACAAGGAGACGCUGCGGGAGCUGGAGCUGCAGCGCCAGCGGGAUGAGCACAAGAUCCAGCAGCUGCAGCGGACCGUGCAGGAGCUGCAGGCACGGGUGGCGCUGCCAAGCGCGGAGCCAGAGCGCCUCCGUGAGCAGCAGCGGGGCCUGGAGAAGGUGCGGCAGCAGCUGCUCUGCGCCGCGGGGCUUCUCACCAGCUUCAUCAACCAGACGGUGGACAGGACGAUCAGUGAUUGGACGUCGUCAAACGAGAAGGCAGUGGCGUCUUUGCUGCACACACUGGAGACACUGAAGUCUGAAUUGGGCACGUCCAGCUCCUGCCGGAAGAAAACAGCAGCGGAGCUGCAGAUCCAGCUGGUGGACGUCCUGCUGAAGGACAACGAGUCGCUGAGCAGAGCGCUCAGCACAGUGACGCGGGAGAAGGCGGAGCUGUGCAAGGCCUUAUCACGGCUGGAAAGGACACACCGGGCCCCGAGGACCUUGCAGGAGGGCUGCACUCGCAAGAGGUCAGACAGGUCUGCCUGGAAGCAGGACAAGAUGGUCUCACCAGGCUCAGCACGACACCCAGACCCAGCACUGGACGCCGGUGCCUGCAGUGCCAAGAUGGAAAAGUUGUACCUGCGUUAUUUGAGAGCAGAGAGCUUUAGAAAAGCCCUGAUUUAUCAGAAGAAGUACCUUCUGCUGCUCAUCGGUGGCUUCCAGGACUCUGAACAGGAAACCCUGUCCAUGAUCGCCCACUUGGGGGUGUUCCCUUCCAAAGCAGACAAGAAGGCAGCGGAGUCCCGCCCCUUCACCAGGUUCCGCACGGCCGUCAGGGUGGUGAUCGCCGUCCUAAGGUUACGCUUUUUGGUUAAGAAGUGGCAACAAGUAGAUGGCAGAGGAGCCCUAGUCCCAGGCCAAGCGCUGCGCCCAGGGGAAGGAUUCCUGGUACCACGGCGGCAGCAGUCUCCACCUGUCACCCGUGAAUCCCCACCCACCCGGGAUGUGUCUUCCAGCCAGCCCAGGGACCCUGUGUCAAAAGCAUCCCCACGCAGGAGGGAAAGAUCCAGUCCACCCUCAAAUCCCAGAUCAGAAAGAUCCCUGACUGCUUCUCAAGAUCCAGAACAUUCCUUGACGGAGUAUAUUCACCACUUAGAAAUGAUCCAGCAAAGACUGGGAGGCAUGCCACCAGAGUCCACUUCAAAGAAGGCCUGCUGCCAGAAGAUUAAACAGUGAAUAAAGUCCUGUGACAAUUUUGAGGAAGACAUUUGAUUUUCUGAGGGGAGCUUGUGCUGUGGCAUGCUGAGUGCCAGCCCCGUGUCAUCCGUUAAGUGUUCUCACCCUUAUAUUUUGCUGCGAAGCCAAAUGGGGUAUUUUCUUUGUAAUUCAGCACAUUUUAGCUUCUCAUCUUGAUGAGGUAGCCCCUUGGUUCUAUUUUGGUCAUGCCUGCAUGCCUACCUCCACAGAGGAUAAGCAGAGGAUGACUUCCUGUUUAUUUUCUUAAAGUGUACAGCUGGAAACUUGGUUUAAAACAAAAACAAUAAAAAAAAA